AUGGCUGUUGAAGACGGGGUGGCCUUGGGCAUAUUUUUAGGCAAACUGUCGAGAGAAUACCCAAAACAAGAUGGUUUGAACUAUCGAUCAAAGAUUCCAGAUGUAUUACAUCUAUAUGAAUCCUUGCGGAAAGCUAGCACGACGGUUAGCGUCGAAGGUGCUGUUGAGAACCAAAUUCUUUACCAUUUAGAGGAUGGCCCCGAAGCGGACGCGCGAGACAAGGCCUUUACAUCCGUGGAUUGGGAUGAUCCGGAGAGUAAGUUCGAGUGGGGUUGGGGGAAUCUCGCAUACUUGAAACGACUGAUGGCAUUUAACACGAUGGCUGGGGCUGAGAAGUCGUUUGAGGAAUGGGUAUCCAAAGGAGAAUAG